UUAGUUUUGACUAACCCAAUAUUUAUUUGGACUAUCUUUUUGUUGAGAAAUAAGGUUAUAAUAAUCAAGCAUCUUAAGACGCAGCUCACAGAUUCUUUCCAACCAUUCUAAAGCUUCAACUCUGCUACAUUCUUCACCAAUUGACAUGGUCGCCAGGUUCUGCAACUCAGUAGUUAUUCUUCUAUGCUUCGUUUCCUUUCUCUCUAUUCUUCCCUGUCCUGUUUCUGUCAGCUUCCAACUCUCCCGGUUUGACCCAACUAUGAUCACCAUUGUCUAUCAGGGUGACGCAAAGCCUGAUGUUGGAACCAUCGAGUUUAACCUUGUCAAUUAUAUAAACCGAGUUGGAUGGGCUACAUAUGCCGACAAGGUGUUGCUUUGGGAUUCUGAAACAGGUAAGAUUUCCGAUUUCAACACUCGGUUUUCCUUUGAAAUCAACACCCAAGGUGUUCCACUUUAUGGUCAUGGGUUAUGUUUCUUUCUGGCUCCUGUUGGAUCUCUAAUCCCACCAAACUCAGCUGGUGGCUUUUUGGGAUUGUUUAACACCACAACCAGUGAUUCACCAAGCAACCAAAUUGUCUCCAUAGAGUUCGAUUCCUUCCAUAAUCCUGAAUGGGAUCCACAUGGAAUUGAUGGUCAUGUGGGGAUCAACAACAACUCUAUUGCUUCAGCUGUUUACACUCAGUGGAAUGCUAGCUCUCAUAGUGAAGAUACUGCCAACGUGUUAGUUACUUACAAUUCUACCACUAAGGAUUUGAGUGUGUCAUGGAGCUAUUUAACCACCAACAGUCCACGAGAGAAUUCAAGUCUUUCCAUGCGGAUUGAUCUAAUGAAGGUCCUACCAGAGAGGGUCAUGGUUGGUUUUUCUGCUGCAACAGGUAUGUAUGUGGAGAGACAUGUACUUAAAUCAUGGGAAUUCCAUUCAAAUUUGGAAGAACCAGCUACCAAUGGAAAGAAUACAAGAAGGAUCAAAAUACUAGUAGCCUCUGCAGUUCCUGUCAGUGUUUUGAUAGCUGGGACAGUUAUAUCAUGUAUCAUGUGGUUUCUGUGGAAGAAAAGGCAAACAAAAAUUGGUGAAACAAAAAAUUUAGCAUCCAUUAAUGAUGAUGAACUUGAAAGAGGAGCUGGACCUAGAAGAUUUUCCUUUAAAGACCUUGAAUCUGCUACCAACAACUUCUCUGAAGGGAGAAAGUUAGGUGAAGGAGGGUUCGGAGCAGUUUAUAGGGGUUACCUUAUCGAUCUGGACAUUGAAAUCGCGGUUAAGAGGAUUUCGAGGGGGUCUAAACAAGGUAAAAAGGAAUAUGCAACUGAAGUGAAGGUCAUUAGCCAGUCAAGACAUCGGAAUCUAGUGCAACUUAUUGGUUGGUGUCAUGAUAAGCGUGAGUUGUUACUUGUCUAUGAGUUCAUGCCAAAUGGUAGCCUUGAUUCCCACCUAUUCGGCAGAAGAAUUCCACUUACUUGGCCUGUAAGGUACAAAAUAUCUCUUGGAUUGGCAUCUGCAAUUUUUUAUCUUCACGAGGAGUGCGAGCAGUGUGUCGUGCACCGAGACAUCAAAUCCAACAAUGUGAUGCUAGACUCUAGUUUCAAUGCCAAACUAGGUGAUUUUGGACUGGCAAGGCUUAUGAGCCAUGAGCUUGGUCCAAAAACAACAGGGUUGGCUGGAACUAUAGGCUACUUGGCUCCAGAGUAUAUAAGCACAGGAAGAGCAAGCAAAGAGUCGGAUGUAUAUAGCUUCGGAGUGGUUUUAUUAGAAAUUGCUACCGGACGAAAGUCAGCGGACCCAAGAGAAGCAACUGAAACAGGAUUGGUAGAGCAGGUUUGGGAUCUUUAUGGGGAAGGAAAGCUUCUUUCGGUUGUAGAUGAGAAAUUGAAUCAAGAUUUUGAUGUAAAACAAGCGGAGUGUGUGAUGAUUGCUGGACUGUGGUGUGCUCACCCUGACAACCGGUCGAGGCCCUCCAUUAGGCAAGCAAUUCAAGUUCUGAAUUUUGAGAUAGCGCCUCCAGAUCUUCCUAAAAACAUGCCUCUUCCUGAGUUUCAUGCCCUUCCUGUCUCAUUCAUUUCUAAACAACUUGGAAUAAACAACUCAAGCACUACUGAUGGUUGUGAAAUAUGAUUUUCCUUUCUCUUUUUGGCUAAGUUGUAUCAGAUAUUGCCUGGUUUCUUCCUCGCAAUGAGUAGGGGCGUACUUUUGAUUAUGUGCAUAAGCAAUUUACUUGUAUAUAUCCAUUGUCAAUGUAAGCAACUUUCUUGCACAAAGCUUUAAUAUUAAAGCUAGAGACAAAUAGAGAUUUACUUUUAACUAA